UGCCUAGUCCAUGUUUCUUAUGUCCAUGGGUUAGACAUGUAAUUCCACUGUCGAAAUCGAAAGAAUGUUUCUUCGCAGUGAAUGUUCGUUUGUGUAUUAAUAUCUUGUCAACAUGGAUCCGCGAGAAGUUGAAUUUUUGAGUGAAAAACAGAUGGUCAGUAUAGUGCCAAAUUUCAAUUGCACAGCUAUGCAUUUAAUUUCGGGUUCGGUUGGACCAUUUCGUCCUGGCUUACCAGUUCAAGUACCUAUGUGGAUUGCAAUGACCUUAAAACAGCAGCAAAAAUGUCGUAUUAUUGGCCAAGAUUGGAUGGAUGUGGACAGUCUUAAUGUCGCUAAGGAAGAAGAAAAAUUAUCCAAAGUUUUCACAAAAAUGCCGAGUAAUCACUACAUGGAAGAAGCGCAAAUGCUUCUUACUGCAAGCGAUGAUAUACCUGAUGCUGAUAACAUAAGGACCGCCAUAAAGGAUAUCUGGGAUUUGAGAAUGUCAAAGUUAAGGGCCUCCAUUGACAAUUUUUUGAAAAGUGAAGGAUGGCAUGCAAGACUGGACCAUCUUACAACUAUGGAAAUUAACAGCGUACGCCCAUUACUUCCUCACGCUUUGGAUCAAAUGCAUCGAAUGAAAAUGAACGCUGACCAGCCUGGAUCUUCUCAAAAUAAUACUACAACUGAUUCCCAGUAGGCAUCGAUGUUACAAAUAAAGACAAACAUUCUUAACUUAAAAAGUCCAAUUUCAUUAAACUUGCUUAUACAGUUUUUAAUUUAGAUUUCGUCUAUUCUUAUUAUUGUAUUAGUGUCUGAGGCUUUAUUUAUUAUUAUUGUUGUUAGUUUUAUCAUAAUUUUGGCAAAAAACGUUUCAUCUAAGUAAUUUUUUUUUCACUUUUUAUAUUGCUAUCGAAACUUUUUUACUUUCGCUUUUUUUGAUUUGUGAAACCAAAAUUUAUGUUAUUUUCGUCGAAAGAUUAAAAUAUUAAAUACUAUGUAUUGAUUUAAAUGUGCAUGUAUUAAAACAUAAUGUGAUAUUGAUUACAUAAUAUGAAUAAAGACAUACGUUUUGUGUAUGAAAAAAAAACAAGAUU